AUGGGGAACAGCCACUGUGUCCCUCAGGCCCCCAGGAGGCUCCGGGCUUCCUUCUCCAGAAAGCCCUCGCUGAAGGGAAAUAGAGAAGACAGCGCCAGGAAGCUGGCCGGCCCCGACAGGGACACCGCUGCCGACAAGAUCUUCCACUACAUCCCCGGGACGGACAUCCCAAGCCUGGAUAGUCAGCGGGAAAACCUGGAGCAGCCGAUCCUGAGUGUAUUCAAGAAGGGUCGGCGCAGGGUGCCUGUGAGGAACCUGGGCAAAGUCGUGCACUACGCCAAGGUCCAGCUACGGUUCCAGCACAGCCAGGACAUCAGCGACUGCUAUCUGGAGCUGUUCCACUCCCACCUGUACUUCCAGGCCCACGGUUCUGAAGGACUCACGUUCCAGGGGCUGUUACCACUGACAGAGGUGAGCAUCUGCCCACUGGAGGGGUCCAGAGAGCAUGGCUUCCAGAUCACAGGCCCACUGCCCGCACCCCUCCUUGUGCUAUGCCCCAGCGAGGCAGAGCUGGGCUGCUGGCUCUAUCACUUGGAGAAGCAGAUGGCCCUCAUGAGGGGAUUGCAGCACUGCCAGUCGGCACCACCGCAGCGGCGCCUGACCCGGCUGCGCACAGCGUCGGGGCGCGAAUCGGUGGGCAGUGCCAUUUGUGCCUCCAGGGUCAAGCUGCAGCAUCUGCCCUCACAGGAGCAGUGGGACCGGCUCCUCGUGCUGUACCCGACUUCCCUGGCCAUUUUCUCUGAGGAGCCAGACAGGCUUUGCUUUAAGGGCGAGCUCCCGCUCAGUGCCAUCCACAUCAACCUGGAGGAGAAAGAGAAGCAGAUCCGCUCAUUUCUGAUCGAAGGCCGCCUCAUCAACACCAUCCGAGUGCUGUGUGCCAGCUACGAGGACUACAGCCACUGGCUGCUCUGCCUCCGGACUGUCUCCUGCAGGGACGGGGGCCCCCUGCUGCCCAGCCCUGAGAGCUUCCCCGGGCUGCAGGUGGUGGGCGGUGGCCGAGGCUCGCUCUCCUCAGAUGGACGGACCAGCUGGGACUCAGGAUGCCCUGCGCCCGCCUCCACACGCACCAGCCAUUCCCGCCCUGAGUCCUUGGUGUUGUCCAACUCAAGCUGCCCUGCCCAGCCUGCACCUGACCAGACCAACCCUGACUGCACCAGCGUGGGCCAGCGGAGGGCAGAGCUGAGACAUGGUGGCAGCGGCCGGUCACCCAGGAGCAAGGCUCGGGUGGAGGGGCCUGGCCCAGCCGCCCCCCGGCACCUGCACCUAGACCUGACCAAGCUGAGCCUGGCGGGCAGCCCAGAGGCCACAGACCCUGCUCCAGAGACACCACACUCCCCACUCUACGCAGAUCCCUACACUCCACCUGCCACCUCCCACCGCAGGAUCACAGAUGUUGGGGGACUGGAUGAGUUCCUCAGCGCGAUGCGGAGCUCCCCUGCGCCUGUGCUCUCCAGCCCCUUCCCUUCGGUCCCCGUGUCUGUGCCUGUCACUGAUCCUGGCUCCGGACUUGCCAGCUGCCCUGGGCUCCUUGGCCCCCACUUGCUCUCUAAGAAAGGAGCCCUGCAGUCACGAGCCUCUCAGAGGCACCGAGGCUCCAUCAAGGGCCGGGGUCCAUGGCCCCCAGACUCUCCUCAGCUCGUCUCCCCUGCCAGGAAAGGUUCUCCCGAGCCCCCGCUGCCUCCCCCAGAUGACGGGUCCCCCAAGAAGCGCGAGGGCCCAGGCUACGACAACAUCUGGGACAAGGCCUCAUCUCCCUCCCUCCAGAAGUGGCCGCGGCUUGGAGGGCCUGAGGCCGAGGGGGGGCUCAUCCAGUGGAUCUGAUGCCCGGGGGGCUGCUCUGCAGAACCACCGGCCCCCCUGCCAGUGCCACCCACCCCUCUGGCCCACAUCAAAUUCCGAGUCAGGGUCUGAGCCCAGCAGGGUCAAAGGGUCUCCCUCCAGAACCCUGAGAGCAGAAGGGCCCCUCCCUGGGCUCCAGCUCCACCUCAGCUGGGGGGCCGGGAGAGGGUCCCCAUCCAUAGGGAUGCCCCGGCCGGCGUGGCUGGACCACAGGUCAGAAAGGGACAUCAGAGGGGUCCCAGACAUCCCCAGGGGCCAAGCCUCAGCUCUGCCCCCCAGGGAAGUAAUGGGAGGGGCCUUAAUGGAGGCUCUGGGAAUGGGAGGGCGGCAUGGGUGUGAAGGUCAGAGGGCGAGAGUCAGAGGUCAGAAGGUGUGAGGGUGUCCCCGCAUUGCUGGGUGUGUGGGCAGGGCUGGUCGGGAGACAUGGAUGCCACCAAGCGAAAGAAAGAAAGAGAAGGAGACUUUAUUGGUG